UAUGAGUGCUAUAAAUAUACAAGCUAGGGUUAGGGUUAGGGUUGGGUAUAAACCAACUGAAGGAUCUGAUCAGCUUUGCUGCUAAGCUCCUCCCACAUGCCGGUUUCUGGGUUUGGGUUUGGGUUUGGGUCUGAAGAGAAGUUAUUUGAAGAAGGAAGUGAGGAAUUAGGGUUUGGGAGUAUGAAGAAGAGGGACGUAGUGGCCAAAAGAGAUGAACAAUCUUACAAUAGCUAUACUACGUCUUCUUCCACUGUUAGGAGUGUGAGAUACGGAGAGUGCCAGAAGAAUCAUGCUGCUAGCAUAGGAGGAUACGCCGUCGACGGGUGCAGAGAAUUCAUGGCUAGUGGAGAGGAAGGAACGGCUGCUGCACUCAAAUGUGCUGCAUGUGGUUGCCACCAGAAUUUCCACCGGAGGGAAGUCGUUACCGAGGUAGUAUGUGAGUGUUCUUCACCUCCUUCCGGUGAGAAGUAAAAGGGGAAAAAUGUUAUUAAUUUAUAUAUAAGAUGUUCAUGUGAUGAAAUUGACUUAUAGUUUUGAUUUUGUUUAUUGAGAUUUCUGUGUAUGCUUUUAUUUUCUUCCAUUCAUGAAGACAUGAUUUCUGUAAAACCCUCUCCCCUUUCUUUGUAAUGAGGUCUUAAGGAAUAGAAGAUGUUAAUGUCUUGUGUA